AUGGAGGCCUUCAGCAGCUCCCUGGCGCCUCUCCGUCCAGGUCAAGGUCCCCCAGGAGGCUCUCAGGAAGUGGCUCCUGAAUGUUCUGCAGAGGAGAUGAGGAGGGACAACAAAGAUUUUGAGGGGGAGCCCUCCCAGCCUCCUAACAGCAGCUGGCCCCCAAGCCAGAACACGAGUCAGGCCAAGGCCACCCCAGCUGCAAAUCUCACCUUCUCCUCCUACUACCAGCACUCCUCCCCAGUGGCAGCCAUGUUCAUUGUGGCCUACAUGCUCAUCUUCCUCCUCUGCAUGGUGGGCAACGCCCUGGUCUGCUUCAUCGUGCUCAAGAACAGGCACAUGCGCACCGUCACCAACAUGUUCAUCCUCAACCUGGCCGUCAGCGACCUGCUGGUGGGCAUCUUCUGCAUGCCCACUACGCUCGUGGACAACCUCAUCACUGGGUGGCCCUUUGACAACGCCACGUGCAAGAUGAGCGGCUUGGUGCAGGGCAUGUCCGUGUCGGCGUCUGUGUUCACACUGGUGGCCAUUGCUGUGGAAAGGUUCCGCUGCAUCGUGCACCCUUUCCGCGAGAAGCUGACCGUGCGCAAGGCGCUGGUCGCCAUCGCAGUCAUCUGGGCCCUGGCCCUGCUCAUCAUGUGUCCCUCGGCCAUCACGCUGACUGUCACGCGCGAGGAGCACCACUUCAUGGUGGACGCCCGCAACCGCUCCUACCCGCUCUACUCGUGCUGGGAGGCCUGGCCCGAGAAGGGCAUGCGCCAGGUCUACACCACGGUGCUCUUCUCACACAUCUACCUGGCGCCGCUGGCGCUCAUUGUGCUCAUGUACGCGCGCAUCGCCCGCAAGCUCUGCAAGGCCUCGGGGCCCGCGCUGGCCGGCGGGGAAACGGCGCCCCAAGGCCGCCCUGGGGCCCGGCGCAGGGCCAGGGUGGUGCACAUGCUGGUCAUGGUGGCGCUGGUCUUCACGCUGUCCUGGCUGCCGCUCUGGGCGCUGCUGCUGCUCACCGACUACGGCCAGCUCAGCGAGCCGCAGCUGCACCUGGUCACCGUCUACGCCUUCCCCUUCGCGCACUGGUUGGCCUUCUUCAACAGCAGCGCCAACCCCAUCAUCUACGGCUACUUCAACGAGAACUUCCGCCGCGGCUUCCAGGCCGCCUUCCGUGCGCAGUUCUGCCUGCCGCGGUGGGCCGGCCCCAAGGAGGCCUAUUCCGAGCCGCAGCCCGGGGAGCUCUUGCGCGCCCGGCUCUCCGCGGAGGGGCAGCCCGGCGACUCCGGCCUGCCCUCGGAGUCCGGCCAGAGCAGCGGGGCAGCCCGCUCUGUCCGACUCCCCCUGCGCGGGGCCCGGGUGGCCCAUCAUGGCAUGGCCGGGGAGGGUCCUGGCUGCGGCCACCUGCCCCUCACCAUACCGGCUUGGGAUAUUUGA